AUGGCCGUUUCGCUGAGCCAGGAGGAAGACGAAUCGCUUCCUGUCAACGGUUCCGCCCUCGACAUAGAGCUGUCUGACACUCCCCGACAACCCUCCCGUUCCCCUCACCCGUAUCGUCGCAAGGGCUCGCAUUCGUCGUCGCUGCCUGCGGAUACCGGCGGCCGAUCAACCCGUCUCCACUGGCCACGGACCUCGAGCGAUAGUGGCACCGAGGCUGAUGAUGAAAGCACGGGCAUACUGAGGGGUCUACCAGCUGCACCUUUGCGACCAAGGAAAGGGUUGCGUUCGGGUCGUCAUGCCGUUGGCGAGGAUGACCAGUGGUUUCCCCUAUUGCGCCCGUGGCCGUCGAUAACCCGUUCCACCUCGCGGAGCUCGCGGCGGAGCUCAGGAGAAGAAGCCGAGGCCUCAGCGACAGGAUUGCGCGAACAAGAAGCUCGGAAGCGACGUACUGGGGUCCUGCAGAGGUUAUUGGAGGCUGCGUUGCUCCUCUCGGUGGGCGGCGUCGUUCUGGGACAAGAGAAUACGAGGGCGGUUGCUUGGGCUUGGAGGAAAGAGCUCCUUGCCCAUGCCCUGCUUGUCAUUGGGCUCUACGCCGCCUAUCCUUUCCAUCGAGAUGGGCGUUUUCGCUUCUCAAGACUGCGGUCCUUUGUUAUACCUACGAGUUUCGAUCCUGCUCCGCUGCUUUACCCGAUCUUGAUACCCAUUUACGUUGCUUUAUCUUUAGCGCAGCAUACCCCUUCCCUAAUACUCCCUAAUGUCCUCCUCAGUCUCUCAUCUCUUCCGCCUGCCGUCAUCCCACUGCAUGAUUGCGUGCAUGGACACAGCAUUGUCCAUUGGAUGAUCACUCUGCUUCCGAUUAUCCUCUCGGAGCAACUAUCGGCAGGAAUCUCGCCUCCUAGACCUUUGUCUCUUCUCGGUCUCAACUCGGAAUCUUUGGCUCUUCUUUUCCCUUUGCAUCAAGCGUUGAUACCCACUUUAGAUUUUUUGUUGACUACCAGCGUCCUUCCAGCAGAACUGCAGCUUUUGACAAGCGCUUUGAUCAAUCUAUUAUUAUUUGCGUCCUCGCCUCAGGCUGAAAUCCUUAAGGCGUUGCUAUGGCUUGGUGGCCUGUGCAUUUUCAUCUCUUGUCGCGACGUGCUUCGCUGGGAAGUGGCUUUGGCAAGGAUUCCCAGUUGGAAAUUUCGGCGAGCGCCCAGCAACUCGCAGUCACCUCGAAGUAUCUUCAAUGUGCUCGAUCACAAAUUAUGCCAGCGACUAAGCAGGACGGGCACCUCUGAGGACAAUCUGUCGGACAGUGACUCGCCAGAAGGCCAAUUCUCGCUUGUCUCACGCAAGACAAUGGUUGAGUCGCGUGACAGAACCAAGGCGGGCGAGCCCAUUCGCACUGUAGAGGCUGAGGUGACAGAAGGCGUCCGGCAGCCUACACUUACACACCGGCGACGGCACACGAUCUCUAGCGUCAGCGAGGUGGCACGCACAGGAAAGGUCAGAACUACGCCUAGUGGGCGACGCAAGAGAUCAAUGGCCCCUGGUCUAGCGUCGUUCUUGUCGCUGACAGUGCCUCAAGCCCAAGUCCGGAAAUGGUUGUACGCGCUGUUUAUCUACGUCACCGUGCUUCUCAUCAUCCUAGGACCUGUUCGAAAGUACGUGGGUGAGCGGGCGUUACACGGAGAAGAUCCAUUCGGGUGGGCACUGAGCUAUCUGCUGGGCAACGUUUCAUGGUUUCGGUUCUGGGUGAUUAUGUGGAACCUGGAAUAUUGGAUUCCAAUCCCCGCUCGCUUGGACCCUGACCUGUUGAACGCUUCCUGCGGUCUUGGUUGGGUCGAACAUCUCCGCCGAGAUGUCUUUGGGGAGGCUAAUUCGCGCCUCCUCGUCGCAGCAUACUGUAUUGUGGUACUUGUGACCGGACUGGCGGUUGUGUUACAGUUGAGCUCCGUCGCGGAGGUAGAUACGAGACGCAAGGUAUUCCAUGGCAUGAUGGUGCUGAUGUUCCUUCCGACGGUGUACGUCGACCCCACGUUUUGUGCGCUGGCCCUGAGUCUAGUCCUGUCCGUCUUCCUGCUGCUCGAUCUCUUCCGAGCGUCCCAGCUGCCCCCGAUCUCGCGACCGUUGACUUACUUCCUUGCUCCCUACGUGGACGGGCGCGAUCAUCGAGGGCCAGUGAUUGUGUCGCACAUCUUCCUCCUCAUCGGAUGCUCGAUCCCCCUCUGGCUUUCCCUGGCGGACAUUCCUCGGACGGGCGAUCAUCCCUGGAUCGGGUGGAGUGCGUUGACCCGGGACGUCAGUAUGGUGAGCGGAAUAGUCUGCGUGGGCAUGGGCGAUGCGGCGGCGUCACUCGUGGGGCGACGGUUCGGUCGGCGCAAGUGGUUUUGGGGAGGAGGAAAGUCGCUCGAGGGCAGCGUGGCCUUUGCGGUUGCUGUAACGUGUGGCUUACUCUUCGCGCGAAUCUGGCUUGUGGUGGGAGAAUGGCCGGUCAGCGGAGGCAGUGAUGGACCGCACCAGAACUUCCCUUGGGUAAAGGCAAUGGUAAAAGUCAUCUUGGCCGCCGGAGGAACCAGCGCAACCGAGGCAAUCCUGACGGGAUGUAAUGACAAUGUGGUGGUUCCGAUUGUGCUAUGGCUACUCGUGAGAGGGCUUGGGGUCUGA